AGUGUGCAGUGUUAUAAAACAGUUUUUAAAAUGUUUCAAUGUGUCAAAAGUGACAGCUGUCAAAGGACAACAUAACCUAGAAGAGACACGUGGACUCGAUUUUUAAAAGAUGGUAUUGGUAUUAAAUGGAGUUCUGCAGGACGACUGUCCCUCCGACACGAGGUCCCUGUUCGCCGCCCAUCCGGUUUACAGGGACACCGCCGCCCAACUUUUGGCGGUGCCCUCCAAAGUUGUGGGCCCUCAAGGGCUCCUUUACGUGCAGCAGAGGGAAGUGGCCGCCACUGCUCCACACGAUAGAAAUGUAAAUAUUCUUGGUUCCGAUGAUGCGACGACAUGUAUCAUCGUAGUUGUACGACAUUCAGGUUCCGGUGCCGUCGCCCUCGCCCACCUGGACGGCGCGGGCACCGAAGAGGCCGCCUCUGGGAUGAUCGCCCGCGUCCAGGAACUCGCCUUAGGUUAUCCCGAGGGAAGGAUAGAGUUGCAGCUGAUUGGCGGAUUCAGCGAUCAGCACGGUUAUAGCGAAGAACUAUUUUAUAAUAUUAUGCAUGCUUUCCACAAGCACCCAGUGGAAAUAGACCUGACCCAGGCCUGUGUUGGCGAAUUAAACACGGCAGUCAGGGGCGGAAUACACUGGCCCAUGAUCUACGGGGCCGGAGUCAACGUCAAGACCGGAGAAAUCUUUCCGGCGACCUUCCCGGAAAAAGGUCCGGCUCACGCCUUGAGGUCGGCGAGGCAUCUCACCGGAGGACAACAGGUCCUGGAUGUUUACGAUUCGGCCCUUGGUAUGCUGAGGAUAGGCCCUUUCAAUUAUGAUCCUCUAAGAGGAGUCGAUCUGUGGUUGGCGCAGAGUGAUGAGUUUAUUUUGCAACAUUUGUCGACUUCGCCGGAGGUUGAACCUCCACAUUUUGUGAUGCAGGUAAGGGCCACAUUGAAGUACAUCCAGGACAACCAGUUUCCGGCCGUGACCGUUUUUAGGGACAAUCGGCCGCACUAUUACAAAAGGGACGAGAGCACAGGUUGUUGGCAACUUGUAAGAUACUAACUAACCAAAAUUAUUAAAAAAGAAAGCAAAAAAAGUAAUCCCAAAUUUGAAAAAUAAUUUUAAAAAACACUUGUAAAAAAUCCAGAAUAUAAUAUACAU